CGCGCACGACGGGUUAGUCCAGUCGUGUCCGGUCGCUGGUCUGGGUUCUGCCUGAGGAGACUCGACGGACAGCUUCAUGAAACCACAGAUUUGCCUAUCGGUCUGUGCCUUAACCAGACAAAGGUAGCUGACUGUACUUUCAAAAACAAGAUGUGAUCAUCUGACCAAGCUUUGUGGAGCUGCGAUGAUGAGAUGAUGGGAAGGACGGCUCGUGCAGAGCUCUCGCUGACUGUUGGGAAUUAACUGGAAACAGAAGACCCGCUUCCCCUGCAUGUGCCAUAAUGGCCAGUCUUGUCCUUAAUGAGACUGGGAUGGACAAUUGUGGCAUCGAUGACUCCUUCAAGUACAACCUGUACGGUGUGGUGUACAGUGUGGCGUUUGUUCUGGGACUGGUCACUAACUGCGCUUCGCUGUUUGUCUUCUGCUGCCGCAUGAAAUUGCGUAACGAGACCACGCUUUUCAUGACCAAUCUCGCUUUAUCAGACUUAGUGUUUGUGUUCACUCUUCCUUUCAAAAUCUUUUACAACGUGAAUCGCCACUGGCCUUUUGGGGACACAGUGUGCAAGAUCUCCGGGGGAGCCUUCAUCACCAAUAUCUACGGCAGUAUGCUGUUCCUCACAUGCAUCAGUGUGGAUCGAUUCCUGGCCAUUGUUUACCCCUUCCGCUCACAGUCCAUUCGGACCCGCCGCAAUGCUGGGAUCGUGUGUGGGAUCAUCUGGUUGUUGAUCCUGGGCGGAGGCAUGUCAGUCCACUUCUUCUCUUCCACCAACAAGUCCAAAGCAAGCACCACUUGCUUUGAGGGAUUCUCCAAGAAAACGUGGAAGACACACCUGUCCAAGAUCACCAUCGUCAUCGAAGUGGUGGGUUUCCUCAUCCCACUGAUGAUCAAUCUCGCCUGCUCUUCCAUGGUGCUCAGGACCCUGCGCAGACCCGCUACUCUGUGUCAGAUCGGAACCAACAAGAGGCGCGUUCUGCGUAUGAUCGUAGUGCAUUUGGCCAUUUUUAUUGUUUGCUUUGUGCCUUACAAUUCUGUUCUGUUCAUCUACGCCAUGGUGCGCACUCAGGCGCUCGUGAGCUGCUGGGUGGAGAAGCUCGCACGGACACUGUACCCCAUCACGCUCUGCGUUGCCACCUUCAACUGCUGCUUUGACCCGGUGGUCUACUACUUUACCUCGGAGUCCUUUCAGAAAUCACUGACUACCGGGAAGUGCCAGGCCACGCAGGAGAACACGCUGAGGAGUGAUUGCCUUGUGUCCACUGUGGAGAAUACCGGCACGGUUGAGCUCCACACACUGACCAGCAAUGGAAAAGAUCAGGGCUGCGUUUCCUAAAGGCAUCUAUCAUCGUCAGUUCUC